CACACACACAGGCCCAAGCAUAGUAGCACUCAUACCACACAUCUACCCUCAUGUGCAGAGGGGCAUGACACUGAAAAUGACAUGUUGCCCUCAUCUCUCUCUGCCCCCCCCCCCCCCCCUCUCUCUCUCCCGUCUUCUCUCUGCAUCCCUCGUUCAGAGAUCGUGCCGGUGGGCAUCAUCGCGGGAGGGACGGUGUGCGGCAUCAUCCUGGUGCUGCUGCUCUCUAUGGCCCUGGUGCUCUUCCUGUACCGCCAGAGGAAAGGCAGUCGUCGUGGGGUCACCCUGGGCAAGCCUGACAUCAAGGUCGAGACCAUCAACAAGGAGACGCACAGUCUGGAGGAGGACUCCGCCAGCGUUUCCACGGCAACGCGCAUGGUCAAGGCCAUGUACUCUCCCUUUAAGGACGACAUCGACCUCAAGCAAGAGCUACGCAGCGACACACUCGAUACGCGUCAGGAUUACGAGCUCAAGGACCCCACUAAUGGCUACUAUAACGUCCGUGCCUCCACCCAUGACGAGGGCCGGCCCGCCUCUCGCUCCAUGCACUACUCCGACUACCGCUCCUCCACGACAGCAGGGGGCGCCGCUACGGUCAGCGUGAGCGCCAGCUCGGCCGGGGGCGGUGUUGUGUCCGGCGGUGCCAGCGGAGGGGGUGGCGGUGGGGGCACGCCGGGUAGCCUGGCGCCCGGUUCACGAGGCGGGGGCUGUUACGACCCCCGACCGCCCUCGCGUCUCUCCCACAACAGCUACGCGCAGUUCAACACCUUCGGCAGGGCGGGGCAGAGCCAGCAGGGCGGCGCUAGCGCGGGACCCUCGCCUGGAGACUUCCCGCCCGACUGCAGCCUGCUGGACUCUUCCCCGCAGCUGGCCUACGACAACUACGCCUACCCCUCGCACUACCCGUCCUAUAGGAUGGGCUUCGCUCCGCCCAGCCUGGCUCCGCUGGAGGGCGGCCCGGCCUAUGAGAUGUACGGGGUGGGGCCGUCUGUCGGGAGCGCGGCGGGGGGAAGCGGGGCCGGAGUGCCAGGAGCGGGCUCAGAGACGGGCCUGGGGAAGUACGGCAGCUCCACGCGGUUCUCGUACACCUCGCAGCAUUCCGACUACUCACACAGACACACACAGAGGAUGCAAACACACGUGUGAGCUCUCGCUUUCUCUCACACACACACACACACACACACACACACACACACACACACACACACACAAACAGAUACACACACACAAUCAACUACACAUGCAUAUACCAACAUAUUAACAAGUAGAGUUAGCAUUCUCACUCAUUCGCACACACUCACACAGACACACAAACACACAACACUAAAGAUGAAGGAUUUCUCACAGACCUGAGAGAGAAGCGUAGAGGGAAAGAUUGGAGCUGGGAAAGAGCUUAGAGGGCACCCGACUCAGAGGAGGGGUACCCAUCCUCCUCUCUGCGUGAAUAUUUCCUCAGUUCCAGGAGCUGACAGCGAAAGUCACAAUCAGGAAGAGGGACAGAGAAGUUCAGAUCCUAGAUCUGUAACGACGAGUGCCGGCUAAAGCCAGGAGAGGAGAGGACAGGAGAGGAGAGAGAGAGCCAGCCUCACAGAGGAAAAAGGCAUCCUGGCUGGCUCGCCAGAUAGCAACUGAUUCUGGAGCAGGUCUGUCCACUGGGGCUACUCUGGAGUUGACCUUAGCUCUAGAUCUGGUUCUGCUACAGCUUUAGAGUUAAUCCAGACCAGGAUCUAGUUCUGUUUCUGCUUUGGAGUUCAAUUUAGCCCUAGACCUGGAUCUUGACUGUGGGUUAACCGGCCUUAAAUACAGAUCUGCUCCUGAGGCAGUCGCUAUCCAGAUUAGUACUGGAGGGAGAAUGACAGCGCCCCCUACCAGAGAUUCCGGUGACACCAAGGUGUAUUCUCAUUGGUUUAUGUUAAAGGGGGCGGGACCUCAACCAGUGGAAGGGUCCUGAAUGGCCAUAUAUAUGUAUUUUUUUUGCUGUUUCGUUAUAUUCUGUUUAUUUGUUUGUUUGUUUAUCAUGUGGUGAUUGGUUGGUCAUCUGUGAGCACAUAUACUCGCAUAUACAUGUUGGAACGGCCCACUCGUAUCUCAUGGUGCUUUGCAGUGGGGCCUUUGUUUGCACUGCAUUCCAGUAUUCCCAUUUAAAUUACCCUUAUACGUAUAUCUACCUGUAUCCAUUUGCACACUAGACUAGAACAUUCUCUAUGUUUUAAUAUUGCAGAAUUUACAGAAUUAUUUUUGUCAUAUUUCUGUAACAAAUUGUGGACCAAAGGUUCAGCGUUUAGAGUAUCAGUCUUAAUUUGGGUGAUAUUCACCUCAACAAGUACGGAAAUAUGCAGACGUUUGUUUUGUUGUUGUUCACCUGUCUGGACUCGUAGUUAUGAAGGGUGGGUGGGUUGAGGUGUGGACAGGAAGAGGCGGGGCUUAGAGUGGAAGUCAGCCUUAAGGCUGUGGAUUGUGUUUAGGUUUAGGUACUUCACCUAGUCACACAGAGAUCAGCAAAUCCGACCUCCUGCACACACACACACACACACAUGCACACAGACACACACACACACAUCACUGUACAGAAAGAAACCCCAAUAGACUCUCCUCCCAUACACACACCCAGUCAGUUGGCACACACGUACCCCAAGAGAACACACACCUACCUUUGAAGGAGCUGAGAGGGGGACUCUGAGACCGAACGGUACACGCAGAGAUCCACACACUCUCUGCUGGGCAUCACAGACGGAGGAGGAGGAGGAGGAGGAGGAGGAGGAGUGGGGAGAUGAAGAGGACCACAGGCAAGAGGAUGAAGACAGACCCUCAUACCAGGCUCUCAGAACUGAACUGACCCAGAGUCUGCUUAGUCUUUUAUUUCCCCACGACUAGCCUCUCCGUCUUCGUCCGAAUUCCACUUUUUUUGCGUCGCAAAAAAACAAAACAAAACGAAACAAAAAAAAGAGUGAGUCCUGUAAAUACUUGUAAUACCUACUUCAGAUAUGAUUUCACAUCAGUGUGAUGUUCUUCUUAAAAUGCAGUAUUGUUAUGUUUUCCGUUGCUUGACAGAAACAUUUUGAAAGGAAAGACUGGGGUGGGGGGGUUACCUUGUUGCCUGUUGAGACCACAACAAGCAGUUAGCUUUGCUAGCGCACCGUCUCAACGUGCUUUAGAGAUGGACAAAGAUCGGGAGCGUGCGACAAGGAGGGAGGGGGCAGGCAUGGAAUGGAUGCUUCGUCAACAACUGCCCUCAUUGACAAGACUCAGUCAUCGGCCCCUUGAGCGUGAUUGGAUAACACAGUGGUCUGUCAGCAGACUGGAGUUGUGAUUGGUGGCUGUAAGGGGCGGAGUUAGCGGCUGAAGCUCCAUGAUUGGUGGAGAGAGAGAGAGCGUAUACAAGAGGAGGGAGGGGGGUUCAAACUUUGAGUGGCCUUAGGAAAAACCUGUCUUAUACCUAGUUAUUCUUCUUCCCCACACUUUAUCAGCCACUAAUAGGCCCGGGGAUUGUGGAAAGAUUGAAUGUGUGUAUGAAUGGGUUUGUGUGAGUGCGGGAAAACUCGUGUUCAUGGGUGUGUGUGUGUGUGUCAGUGUGUGUGUGCGUUCUUGCAGGCAUUUGUGCCUGUGUGUGUUUGUAUGUGUGCAGGCCUAUGUGUGUUCAAACACGCACAUGGCCAUGUGUGUGUGUGUGUGUGUGGUAUGGGUUUCAGUGUGCAGAGGUCUUUGUGUGUGUGAUUUCUUUACUUCCUCUCCACAAUCCCUCUCUUGUACCUUUGUUCAGCUGGUAGGACUGUAUCCUGUAUUCUUGUGUCUUUGACCUUAGGAAAUAAACAUUGAUCUUACUGUACUGUUCUUCGUAGCUGAGAAAAAAAACAAAGAAAAGAAAAAGAAAAACGUUCAACUGAUGUACAACAAAAGUUAUUGAACUUUCAUUUUUUAUUUCAUUUUAAUUUUUUCAAUAUUUUUUAAAAAUGGUAUGUAAUUAUUUUUCCACAGUAUUACAGAAAUAAAA